CGCUACCACACCACUCUUCCUCGUCUUCACCCCCAAACAACACAGGCGACAGAGGCCACCAUGGCGUCCGUUCGUUUUGCUCCUGUCCUCCGGUCAAAGGCGGCAUCGCGCGUGCCCCGCAUCGCGACUCGGUCCGCCCACGACCUGACCAUUGUCAACCAGCCCAAGACGAACCGCGCCCAGCCCAUCAUCAAGCAGGGCCCCCCGACCGGCGGUCGCUCGGCCACCUCGGGACACACUGUCACCGUCUUCGGCGCGACUGGCUUCCUCGGUCGUUACAUUGUUGCCAAGCUCGCCAAGGAGGGCUCGCAGGUCAUCGUUCCUUACCGUGACGAGGACGACAAGCGCCACCUCAAGGUCACCGGUGACCUCGGCCAGGUCGUUCCCCUCGAGUGGGAUGCCCGCAACCCCGACCAGAUCCACGAGGCUGUUCGUCACUCCGACACUGUCUACAACCUUGUCGGCCGCGACUGGCAGACCAGGAACUUCUCCUACGACGACGUCAACGUCAAGGCCGCGGGCCUCAUCGCCGAGGUAUCGGCUGCCUCGGGUGUCGACCAGCUGAUCCACGUCUCGCACCUCAACGCCAACCCCAACUCGCCCUCCGAGUUCUACCGCUCCAAGUACGCCGGUGAGCGUGCUGUCCGUGACGCCUUCCCCACGGCCACCAUUGUCCGCCCCGGAUACAUGUACGGCCCCGAGGACUGGCUGUUGAACGCUGCUGCCCAGUGGCCUAUUCUGUUCAAGCUCAACGGCGGCAACACCAAGAUCUUGCCCGUCCACGCGCUUGACGUUGCCCAGGCCCUCAAGGUCAUCCUUGACGCCCCCGUCACCUCGGUCGCCUCGACCUUCAACCUCCCCGGCCCCGCCGUCCACACCUACAACACCAUCCUCGCAUUGAUCCAGGCCCUGACCCUCAAGGGCGAGGUUUCCGACCCCACUGUCCCCAAGGCCCUCGCCAAGGCCUUUGCUGGUAUCACCAACAAGGCUCUCUGGUGGCCUACCGUCAGCCCCGACGAGAUUGAGCGUCGUUACAUUGACGACGCCGGCGUCGAGAAGUUCUUCGCCCCCGACACCUCCAAGAUCCCCAGCGGCUGGGUCCCCGAGGAGGGCUACACUGGUGUCCCCGCCGUCGACGGCGAGCCCAUCAAGUCAUGGGCCGACCUCCAGAUCGAGCCCGACUUUAUCGAGGAGCACGCGAUCAAGUACGUUAGGAGGUACCGUGCCGCCGCCACGUUCGACUCGCCCGUCGAGCUUGGCCACUUCAAGGCCCCCAAGCCUUACCACGUCGUGCCUUAGAGAAACCGACUAAAAUGCAUAUGGGAUUAGCAGG